CGCGCCGGGCUGUCGCUGCUGUCGCCGCCGUCGCUGUCGCGAUGUUGUCUCGGUCCCGCUGCGCGUCCCGAGCGCUGAGCCGCUCGCUGUCCGCCCUCCGACAGGGGAGCUGCCCUCUGGGGAGGCGUUCGUUGCCCGGCGUCUCCCUAGGCCAGAGUCCGGCUCACCUCGACAGCAGGAAGCUCCUUGUAAACAACGCUAGCGUCUUCAGCGUUCGCUUCUUCCGGACGACGGCGGCGUGCAGGAACGACGUGGUCACAGUCAAAACCCCAGCUUUUGCAGAGUCGGUCACAGAGGGGGACGUCAGGUGGGAAAAAGCUGUUGGAGACACGGUCGCGGAGGACGAAGUGGUGUGUGAAAUCGAAACAGACAAGACAUCCGUACAGGUUCCGUCCCCAGCAGCCGGAGUGAUUGAAGCCCUCCUGGUCCCCGAUGGCGGGAAAGUGGAGGGAGGGACCCCUCUCUUCACGCUCAGGAAAACGGCCGCGGCUCCCGCCAAGGCCAAGCCGGCGACAGCACCUACCGCGGCUCCCAAACCAGAACCGGUAGUCACCGCCGCUCCUCCUCCGCCGCCUCCCUCCCCUGCAGCCACGAUACCCACGGCGAUGCCCCCGGUGCCCCCCGUGUCAGCGCAGCCCGUCGAUACCAAACCGGUGUCUGCGGUGAAGCCCUCUGCAGCUCCCGCUCCGGAACUCGGGGCGGUCAAAGGCGCACGCUCCGAACAUCGGGUGAAGAUGAACAGGAUGCGGCAGCGCAUUGCUCAGCGCCUGAAGGAAGCCCAGAACACCUGCGCGAUGCUGACCACCUUCAACGAGGUGGACAUGAGUAACAUCCAGGAAAUGAGAGCCCGGCACAAGGACGCCUUCUUGAAGAAACACAACCUGAAACUGGGCUUCAUGUCCGCUUUCGUGAAGGCCUCCGCCUUCGCCCUGCAGGAGCAGCCGGUGGUGAACGCGGUGAUCGAUGAUGCCACCAAAGAGAUGGUGUACAGGGACUAUAUCGAUAUCAGCGUGGCCGUGGCCACGCCCCGGGGUCUCGUGGUGCCCGUCAUCAGGAACGUGGAAGCCAUGAACUUCGCCGACAUCGAGCGGACCAUCGGCGAGCUGGGGGAGAAGGCCCGAAAGAACGAACUGGCCAUCGAGGACAUGGACGGGGGCACCUUCACCAUCAGCAACGGCGGGGUGUUCGGCUCCCUGUUCGGGACGCCCAUCAUCAACCCCCCGCAGUCCGCCAUCCUGGGCAUGCACGGCAUCUUCGACAGGCCCGUGGCCGUCGGGGGCAAGGUGGAGGUGCGGCCCAUGAUGUUCGUAGCGUUGACCUACGACCACCGGCUGAUCGACGGCAGAGAGGCGGUGACUUUCUUGCGUAAAAUCAAGGCGGCGGUGGAGGAUCCCCGCGUUCUGCUGCUCGAUCUUUAGGAAACGGGCUCCCUCCCCCCGCCCCCCGCGCCCUCCCAAACCCCGACACGGGGGAGCCGAAGUCCAGGCUCUCCCCUCCGCCGCCACCCCGGGGUAGCCGCCCGACAGACGGAUGCACAUGCUAAUGUUAUCGACUCAGAGCGGGGCGUCCGGGGCGUUCCCGGGUCCAGUGGCCAGCGCCUUUCUCCUCCACCCCACCCUCCUCUCACCCACCCCCCUCGUUGUAUCUUCCUCCAGCGGGGGAAGAGACCCCUUCCCCGCCCGCGUCCUAUCCAAAGAUGAUCGUGCUUCUCCCGGUGCCAACAUACAAUGGGACGCCCAGCAGAGACCACCAGACUUGGAAUGCCUUUGCUUUCUCUCCCCCCCCAUCUCCGUCCCCACCUUCCAGGGCUGGGCAAGAUCCGGCCCGCUCUCUCUCUGGAAAACGCCGCCGGGGCCGCGGAUAGCCGUCCUCGCCUCGGGCCGCGGGCGGAAGCCGAUCUCACUGCACCUUGAUGCUGCCGGGGGUGUCUAAUACAGGGGGAAGGGGCGCGGCUCUCUUUCUCAAAGGGCGCCUUCCGGCUUCUGUAGCCCUCCCGUGCUUUAACUUGCCUCUUCUACCUCUUCCUGAAAGCGCAGCCCCGGGGAUGCCGGGGUCGGAGCGUUGCCGGGGGAGCGAGCCAACACGGCUCCGGUCCCCUUCCACGUGCAGAGGCGAGAGCGAUCCGAGCGGAUGCCGCUUUUCCCGGCCCUCUUCCUCCCGCCAGAAACCGGCCCUUGGAUGGAGGAGGAGGUCGAGGCGGAGGGAAGGUCCCCGGUAACGUGGGCUGUUGUCCCUCGAUACCCCCUGAGGACGCCUGAUGGGCGGCCAGGGGCCGACCUUUCCUCCUGUCCCGGUGGGGUGGAGAGAGGGACGGGGAACAGUCAACUCCGGGAAAACCAGGAUGACCGUAGAUGCCCGGAGCCGUCCUGGAAUUGCUGCCUCCCACGAUAGGGGAGCAGAAUGGCCGGGGGAGUAUUUAUUUCAGUUGGCGGUCCUCGUGUGAAACUUCUUGGCGGCGCUGGGGGUUUGAUGCAUCCUGUCCCGAGGUGGGGGGGCCAUUUAAUUAACCCCAUCAAGCUCAUGUAUGUGCUUUGUUCGACGAGGGGCUGGGGGACGGACCCGGUACCCAGGCCCUGCAGCAGUUACUCCCCGGUCUCCGAUACCCAGAACUUGUAAUUAAAAUAUUUAAGGAAAUCGAUUUGCAAUAAAAGGGGAAACGUUCGCAAAA